AUGCCCGUCCCCGAACCUCCUAUGAAGCUGGAGGGGCAUUGUUCCGUGAUCCAUGACAACACUCUCUACGUCUUUCUGCCCGACCAUAUCCUUUGGAUUCCUCUGAAAGAGAAUGGUCACUGGGACAAAUUGCCAUCGGAAGAGAAAGUAUCCGGAGCCGUAUGUGUCAAAGGCGGAGUCGACGGAAAAGAGAACGAGGAAGCACUCUAUGUGAUCGGCGGGACCGGCGCCUCGUCCGACUAUUCCGGACUCCAACGGUUUUCUUUCAAGGACAAGAAGUGGAAAACACUACCAUCGAGCGGCCACGACAUGGUUAACCGGACACACCAUGGUGCUGGAUACAUGGCGUCAACGCACUCAAUCCUGGUCUACGCCGGGAUCAAGCCUGGGGACAAGGGCCCCAAUUCUUCUACCUUCCUCAUCUCCACCAGUGCCCCCUACGAAAUCAAGUCGAAGCCGGACCAGGGUGCGCCGCCGGCCAGUGAUCCCAUGAUUUUAUCUUGGAGCGAGUCCGAGGUUGCCUUAAUCGGUGGCUCGGAGACUAAUAAAGAUAUCUAUCUUUUUAAUGGUCAAGACUCCAAGGGUUGGACAUCUUCGGGGGUGGUCCUUCCCUCCCCAAUCACCUCCUCGGUUCAAUGUGCCUUGGCACCCGAUUCAGGUAAAAGCAAAGUGCUGGAAUCGUUCAAGAUGGACGCCUCCCCCAACACGGUAUCGAGCUUGGUCCUUCUGGGUGAUGACGGGAAGCCGAAGAACCCUGCCACCCCCCUCCAGGUUCUGGCAAGAGAAGCAUUGAAGAAUACCCCUCAUAUAACAACCAAGCGGUCAGACUAUUCAGUCGCAAAAGGAGAUAAUGGGAUCGUGGUUCUCUCAGGUGGCGGCGGUGAUGACUCCCUGGCCAUUUUCAACCAAACAUCCAAUGGCUGGGUCAACUCCACAGCCCUGUUUUAUGGAACUGGCCAUCACCAUUCUUUGAAAGCAAGCACAUCCUCGGCUUCGUCCACUCCUACAGCUACUUCAUCGUCUUCAGUUACCGCAACAAAUACCAGUUCUUCCUCUCCGGCCACCGCCCCAGCUUCUGGUGGUGGUCCCUCUCACCACACCAAAACGAUCAUUGGCGCGACCCUGGGAAGCGUUCUCGGUGUUGCAGCCAUCUUGCUGGUUCUUCUUUUCUUGCUUCGGCGUGAGAAACAGAAGCGGAAGCAAGUGGACGAAGGUAAUGCCGGGGACGGCAAGGACCGAUUAAGCUUCCAGGAUCAGGGUAUAGAACCCCUGGCUGAGGGCGCAUAUCCAAUGGCCAAGAGUCCUGUUCCGGUCGCAAAUGCCUCGGCUGACUCCCUUGCAAUCAUGUCUGGCACCGCUGGCGAGAAGAGUCUCAAACCUCCUCCGGCCAGUAUAGGCUAUGGCCUGUCUUCGACUCCUCAGAGGAGCAGCCCACUGUCCACUAUUCCGUCCAGUGGAGCCAUGGCUCGCUCGAGUGUGUAUUCCGAGGACCUAGAACGAUCCAGCCCAGGGAAUCAGCCUGGGGAUCGGACCACUGAUGAGGGAUGGAGCAAGUACUUCCAGGGCAACAACGCCACGAACUUGGCCGGGGACCGGUCCACCUUGAGUUCCGACUACACCAGGUCCGAUUACCGCGAUAGUGCAUGGCCGAUGAGCAACCUGGCACCCCUUAAUACCGGGUUCCUCGACCAACCGAAGCCGCUGGGACGAGUUGUCAGCGGCAGCCCGACAACGGAGCACGCCCCAUCAGAUCGAACUGGCCGGGGCUUGGUGAUCCCCCAGAGCCAAUCGGCACGCAUCUCCAGCGCCGACUCGCUCAGCCUCGCCUCGGAGGAUGAAUACCCUGGCGACUCCAAGUGGAAUGGGGCAGGGCAAAACAGCUGGCUGGGACGUCCGACUAGCAGCAACUACAGCACCAGCUUCUACAACUCGAGCAACCGAGAUUUGCCAGCCGCGGCCUCCCAGUACGGGCUUGAUAAGACGCGAAAUUCCAACGGACGCAAAUCCAGCGUUGUAAUACCAGACCACAUCGACGAGCUCUCGGUGCGCGGACAGAAUAACAAUGUCAACACGGACAUGAGCUGGCUCAAUAUCCACGCUGAGCGUUGA